UAUAAGCCCAAGUCUAGCCACCAGCCACAUUCCCUCCCUCCACCCACCACUCACCACUCACCACACACCACUCAUCCACCUCUCCUCCUACAGAUAUCAAACUCCCUCUCAUCCAUGUCAAUGCCCGCUCUGGCACUCACUGACAGACUCAAAAGUCCAACCUCCUUGGCCUGUGUCUGCAGACAAAAUGAGCGACCUUCAGAGAUCCUUCGCCAAAAGCCAAUUAUCCAAACUUCCACCCGAACCUCCUCCAGUCUUCAAUGAACAAGACGAAAUCGAUCAACACUCAACAGACACCAGCGACCUUGGGCCUAGUUCUCCCAAUGGCUCAAGUUCCUCAGCCUCGUCAGCCUCAUCAGCCGGCACAAUUGUUCCCUCACCAAGUAGGAACCUCUUCGAAAAGCCCAGGGCAUCCAACAUCAAAUCUCGAUCUGCCCCUCUUCCUUGGGAUGAUUUUUAUUCCCAGGAUCUCAUCCUGCCCCAUGAAACUCCUUCAGAAACGGUCAAUCACCAUGUCUACCUGACUCCACCCUCUGCUAAAGGCCCUCUCAUCAUCACCCACCAUGGUGCCGGCUCGUCAGGUCUCUCCUUUGCCACAUUUACCCAAGAAUUCCUCAAACUCAUCCCCAAUGCUGGCGUUCUCUCCAUCGACGCUCGAGGACAUGGUCUCACCACCAUGACCACCACUUCUACUUCUACUUCCACCACCCCAACCCCCGAUUUAACCCUGGCCACUCUCGCCUCAGAUCUCGCCUUCGUCGUCGAAUCCGUCAUAACCCAUCUGAAACUGUCUGAUCGUCCCGACAUGAUCCUCAUCGGACACAGCCUCGGCGGGGCCGUUGUCGUCGAAGUCGCUCACCAACGACUCCUUGGCCCAUCACUACUCGGCUACGGCGUCUUAGACGUUGUCGAAGGCUCUGCCAUGGACGCCCUACAAAGUAUGGACACAUACCUAUCGACACGACCACAGAGCUUCCUAUCCCUUUCCUCCGCCAUCGAAUGGCACACUCGUUCUCGCACCAUCCGCAACACCACGUCAGCUCGCGUCUCCGUUCCCUCUCUACUACAACCUCUCGACAACACCAACAACGCAUCCAAAUACGUAUGGCGCACCGACCUCGCUGCCACGAAACCCUUCUGGGAGAAUUGGUUCGUCGGCUUAUCGUCAAAAUUCCUGACUUCGCGCGGAGCUAAACUCCUCCUUCUCGCCGGCACGGAUCGCCUGGACAAGGAACUCAUGAUUGGCCAAAUGCAGGGAAAGUAUCAGUUGCAGGUGUUUCCUGAAGCAGGUCAUUUUGUGCACGAGGAUCAGCCGGCCAAGACGGCGAUGGUCGUGGCGGACUUUUAUCGGAGGAAUGAUAGGAGUGCUUUGGUGUUGCCUCCGAAGGUGGAUGAGUUGAUUCGUCAGGGGAAACUUAAGCCCGCGGCUUCAAGUUGACGUUUCGUCCAUCGCGCUUCUAAGUUACUCGUAGCGGUCGAUUGGAAAUAUGGUGGUUUGGAGCGAUAUAACAUAAAAAACGAGUUUACGAUAAAGACAAAUCCAAUAUGAACCAAAG